AUCGAAUAACACUUCACCACCACCCCACUUCAAGACCACAUAUAUAUAAGGGUCAUGUCAUUAUUCCAUUAGCUAAAACUCUGAGAGAAUGAGUCAACCACCACAGGAUCGUUCAUCAAGGAAGAUAACCUUCUCAUGGGAAAAGAAGCCUGGUGUGUCCAAAGUAAUAACAAGUAGUGCUCAUGUUGAAAGUUUGAUCAUCCCAAAAGAGCAUGAGUUUUUGGCCAAGUUGCCACCCCCUCCUUGCACACCAGAAGAAUCACUAACUCACAAAAACCCUCUUCAUGAUUUCCAAAUUCCACUUCCUCCUUGUGCUUUUCAGCCUCCUUAUUAUAGAACUUCCUCAAAGAGGGGCCUUUGGGUUCAAGACAAAGAUCCCUUCCUAGCCGCUAUCAAAGAGUGCACCAAGAAUCAGAAAAGUGCUAAGGUGAAGAACAAAAAGUCGAUCAAAGAUGGAAUUGAGUCAAGGGUAAGAAAGAGCAUGUUCUUUUUCACAUGUAGCCGAUCAUGCUCAGUUCAUGACAAUAAUUUGGUCACCAUCUCUCAUAUAGAUAAAGAUUGAUCAUGUGUUUUAAUAACUUUCUUAAGUUAUGGUCUAUUGGGAGAUUUCUGUACAAGUCAAAAUCUAGUAUAGUAUACUAAGGUGUGUGAAGAGGAAUAAUCUGAGAAUGAUUCUGCAACUGUUUUGCACGCUUUCUGUUCAUGAUUGAGUGAAUUAUGGUUAGCUGAUUCAUAUGCUGGCCAUUGUUGACUCCA